ACCAUGACAUCAUUGAAUCCCCACCUCAAUGCUGACAGUUUCAUGCUGUGUUAGUGAAUAUGGUUUCAUAUGAAACUACGCACAGCCCACAAAGAGGUCGAAACCAAGCAAUCUUAUGAAAACAUAUUAAGCAAACAAAGCUAGAGAAGAGAGAGGAGGUGAUAGCCGUCCUUGUGAAUGGUACUCCAGUAAGUCAAAAGAAGGCAGCAAAUUGUGCUUGGACAUUACACAGCUCGCAGCCAUGUCGGUAACAAUGUGUCAAACCAUGGGCUUUCUUGUAUCAGCCCUGGGCUUUGCCGGGAUUAUAGUAGCAACUGCUUUGGACCCAUGGAGCACCCAGGAUUUAUACGAUAAUCCAGUUACUGCCGUGUUUCAGUACCAGGGUCUCUGGAAGAGUUGUGUUCAAGAGAGUUCUGGAUUCACUGAGUGUCGUCCCUACUACACCAUCCUUGGGUUACCAGCUAUGUUCCAGGCAGUCAGAGCCCUGAUGAUUGUGGGCAUAGUACUGGGAGGCAUUGGCUUACUUGUGGCAAUUUUUUCCAUGAAGUGCAUCCGCAUCGGCAGCAUGGAGGACUCUGCCAAAGCCAACAUCACCUUGACAUCUGGCAUCAUGUUCAUCCUGGCAGGACUCUGUUCAAUAAUUGGCGUUUCCGUCUUUGCCAACAUGUUGGUUACCAACUUCUGGAUGACUACAGCUAAUAUGUAUACAGGCGGUGCUAUCAGUGGAAUGGGAGGAAUGGGUGGCUUGCAGACUCUACAGACAAGAUAUACUUUUGGAGCAGCCCUAUUUGUUGGAUGGGUAGCUGGAGGCUUGACAAUGAUUGGAGGAGUGAUGAUGUGCAUAGCGUGCCGGGGACUCAUGCCAGAAGAAAGCAACUACAAGGCAGUCUCCUACCAUGUUUCUACAAAAACCCCAGCCUACAAGACAUCUGCCUACGAUGAGAAAAGUAAAAAAUCCAUUUACAACGAAUCCAGGCGCAGCGAAGAUGGGAAGAGCUACCCUUCAAAAUAUGAUUAUGUGUAGCUGUCUAAGUACCUGGCAUCUACCUAUAGUUAUCUGCAGUUGUACUGUUUAGUAUAGGGGAUGACUGAAUUAAUCAGUGCAGCCCAUCAAGAUAACUUACUGCUCAACUGCUAUUGUGGUACAGCUAAUGAGCAAGUUUGUUGACCUAUAUCUCAUGGCUGAGCACUGUUUAUUAAGCCAAAGGCUUUUUGUUUUGUAGUAUAUUUUACAAUGCUUUUUACAUAAACCCGUUUCUAUCUAUACAUUCUAGCUUAUAGUUAUUUUCAUAACAAAGUUGUUUUUAAAGAUAUUAUAGCCAAAUUGUCAAAUUGCAAUGCAGCCAAGGGACAACAUUUAGCCAAGCCCUGCGGUGCUCCUCUAUUGGUUUCCAGGCCGCUUCAGGGUCGUGUCUGUGUUUUGGGCUGGGAACUUAUUGUGAGCACCCACCUUGGGCAGGCCCUUGGAGGUUGAACUUGUAGAACUGAUGUUUGUCUAUGACUGGGAUUACUUACACAUAGCUGUCUGAAUCUUUUCCUUAGAUAUUACCUACAUACUGUAGUGCAAACCAGUGUAGUAAGUUAAAGCAACUAGACACUUCCCUUCGUUAGUCUGGUUAUACUACAUUAUUGCUGCCUGGUUUCUAUAGAGCAUUUCAAUAAUCCACAAUUGCUCCUAUAUUAGUAAAUCCCCAUGCAUAGAUAGUUUGAGUCUUUUUUAGCCAUUGUCAUUUACUUUAUUAUAUUAAUCAACUGUGAUUUCUUAAAUCUUGUAUAUAGAACGUUUACCAUCACCCAAUACCCAUAGGGUCUCUGCUGAAAUCUGAACAUCUGAUUGUCGACAGUAAAGAAUCCCAAGUGUCAACAAUGGCUCUCAACACAGUAUGGGGCAGAUUUAUCAAAAUGUGAGUUUAACCUUAAUACAUAAAAGCUCACCCACGGUCUAUUUAAUCCUA